GGUUCGGCUAGCCUCUCCAUGCUUUUUGUGGAUAUAGAACGUGGUGAGGGUGUAUGCUUAAUAGUACUUGGCGUGUUUACAAACGGUUUGUCUCUUUGAACGUUUCCCAGGUGCUGAACAUGAGCACGGGCACGCCGUACAUCGGCAGUAAAAUCAGCCUCAUCUCCAAGGCUCAGAUCCGCUAUGAGGGAAUUUUAUACACUAUCGACACAGACAACUCCACUGUGGCUCUGGCUAAAGUGAGGUCCUUUGGCACGGAGGGACGCCCUACGGACCGACCCGUACCGCCACGGGAUGAGGUAUUUGAUUACAUCAUCUUCAGAGGAAGUGACAUCAAAGACAUUACUGUUUGUGAGCCACCGAAACUACACCACGGUCUUCCUCAGGAUCCUGCGAUUGUUCAGUCGUCUGUAGGCAGUUCGUCUUUAACGUAUGGCCAUCAGGGAGGUUACAGUCCCUACAGGAGCAUGAUGCCACCUUAUAACCCACUCGCUGCUAGCUCUCUGCUCAAUCAGCAGUACGCUGCUGCACUCAGCCUGGGAGCCGGACUGCAUGGACCUCUGAGAAGGGGUCCCAUGGUCGAGCAGGCUGUCCAGACGGUGCCUGCUGAAAAACCAGCUCUGAAAAAAGGCCCGGUAUCACAGCAGCCGGGCCGCGAGAGCGUCCGGGUACAGCAAGGCCGAGGAAGUCCUCAAACGCAGAGGAGCGCCACUUCUGGGAUUUCUCAGCAAGGAGACGUACAAGCACAGAAUCAAGCUAAUGAUGAGAACAGACCACCGCAGAGAAGGAGACAAGGCAAUCGCCGAGCCCGGAAUCGCAACCGAGGUCAGAUUAUCGUCGCGAACAGCAAGCCCACUACCCUUCAGUUUGAUUCGGACUUUGAUUUUGAAACGGCUAACGCGCAGUUCAACAAGGACGAGCUCCUCAAGGAGGUUCAAGGCGACUCAAAAGGCGAAGUCAAAGAUAAAGAGGAGAAGGAGAAAUCAGACUCUGGAGUGGAGACUCAGAACAGCGAGGGAGCCGGGGACGAGGAGCCGCUCGGCCCAAAGUGCUUCUACAACAAGGCUAAAAGCUUCUUUGACAAUGUCUCUUCUGAACUCAAGUCAAGACGUACGACAUGGGCGGAGGAGCGCAAGCUGAACGUGGAGACGUUCGGAGUUCCUGGUCGUUUCUUAAGAGGCCGUGGGUUUCGUGGUGGGUUCAGAGGGAGGAGAGGAAGAGGGAUGAAUCAGCGUGCCUCUGCUCAACCAGCUGUUGGGAGCGGUAGAGUGUGAUCACGGAUCUAGAUUUCUUCACGUAGCCACCAAGUUCUUUUGUAAAUACAAAAUUUCUCCUCCCUUUUUUUUUUUUUUUUUAUUUUCUUUAAUACCUCAUAAUUUCAGUUGGGGUCCUGCACUUUAACUCUAACUGUUAUUAAAUGAACAGAUUUUUUUUUUUUUAUUAUUUGCUUGUCCAAAGGCAUAUUUUGUUUUCUUCUUGCCAUUACUGCUUUAUCACUAGUGAAUGUGUUUAUAUUUAAAAGAAAACAAACUGAUUGCACAAACUGAAAUGCACAUUAACUUGAUGGUCAACGUUUGACUAAGAAAAGCACUUUUAUUUAUGCUUUAUGAUGGAAAUAAUAUUUGAAUGUAGAUUUUUGAUUAUCGGUGUCAGCCUUUGGCAUUUGUUCCCCAGACAUUGAUUUAAGAGGCUUUUGUUUCCUUUUUUAUUUUAUUUUUUUGUUUUUGCAUGUGGAUUAAAUGGGGACUUUGUACCAAAAAAAAAGAGAACCAUUGUUAAUAAAAUGGAAAAUGGCUGAUGAACCUCAA